AUGCGAGCCGACGAGCUGCCGACGUACGCCGUGCGCUUUGACGGGCCCAAGGUUGGCAUUUUGCCCAGUGACGGCGCUGCGUCCGGCCUCGAUGGCGCUCUUGUCGGAAGCGUCCGUGGCGCUGCACUCGCCAGCGGCGUCGUCGCCGGCGACCUCAUUUGUCGCGUCAACGACAUCAACGUGCUCUUCAAGCCCUUUGCAUUUGUCACCGACGUGCUUCGUACCGCACACUGGCCGUGCACGAUUGAGUUCAUUCCCAGCGUCUACGGCGCCGAUCUCUACCGACGCUACGGCGUCCCGUUGCCUGUGUCCACGCCUCGGAACGACCCAGUCAUGGACCGUCUCGUCGCCAUCAUGCGCCCUAACGACAGCUAUGACGAGCUUACGCGCCGCAUCCAAGAGAUCUCUCGUCGCAUGCGUGCGAUUGGGACGGCCGACGUGACGCACCCAGAUCCUCUAGUCCAGAGAGACCUCCGUGAAGAGUAUUUUGUGCUUGAGCAAGACAUGGAGGCGUGUCACGACGCCAUUCAGCACAAGCCCGAGUACGCCAUCGAGCUGACGCGACUCCAAGAGGCGUGGGACGACGCCGACGCGGACGACGCCUUGCGAGCCCUCUGCGCGAUUCGGCGCAUGCUGCCCGUCAACAUCAAGUCGCUCUCCGAGACGGCGCUCACUCAAAUGUUGACGCCGAAUGGUCAGACGAUCCCUCGCGACGUCGCUCGCAAGUUCAAGCGGACCAAUAUUUUGGAGCUCUUGCGCACGGACCCUGCCGACGUCGCGAAGGCCCAUCCCGCAAUUCUCGAAAAUCUUCGGACGACGGGCUUGACGCUGACCGAACGCCGAGCGCUGCACGCGCACUUGCGAGACGUCGGGCGGCAGUGGGCAAGAAGCAUCGAUAAUGAGCUUGGUAAGCGUCGAUACGACUGGUUUCAGCUCUUGCGAGGCGAGUAUGUUGCGAGCGUCAAUACGUACAAGGCCCACGUCGCGCAGUUUGGACUACCGGGUAGUCACCCGUACGCGACGCCCAAGACGCCCGAUGUCGGCUGUCCUUUGCGCGGGAAGCAGUGUCCGCUGAUGGCGGAUGCGUCGCCAGCGUACUCGAGCGACUAUGGAUAUCCCGACGGGCCAGUGUACAUGGGUUUCGAGGGCCACAACGACUAUGGAAUCGGCAACGCGACCUGA